AUGUUUCAGAUCAGAAUGUUGCUAACGAAACAAGAGUGAUGCGUUACGAAUGUGUUCUGAACAGUUCUUCUGUGACAGUGAGAAACGCUAAAGAACUAUGCCAGAACCAGACUGCCCCGAGUUUAUCCGAUAUAGAGUUUCUGGACGAAAUCUGUAAUAACUUCGUUACCAAAUUCCUGUUUUAUACGUGUGUAAGGAAUGAGUUGGUACCUCCAGGAGUGUUUCCAUUUUUCAACGAAUUUGGAGGUGGUGGUAGAAGACGUGGAAGAGGUGGAAGACGUGGAAGAGGUGGAAGACGUAAGAGACACGAUAGAUAUUUUAGAAGAAGAUUUAACGGUGGUGUUAAUCUGACUACUUUCGUGAGCUGUUUAACCCAGAAUCCAUGAACCGUUAACUCUGGCUUCAAGACCGAUGGUUAGCGGGAUGAAUAGGAUCGUCCCUUUUCCAGGAAACAAAAAGUUCCAGUUUUCCUGUUAAAUUCUUUUUUUUUAAUGAGCAAAAAAUUAAUCAAGAAAAAACUUGUUAUUUUUUCCUAAUUUUAAUAUUAU